GAACAGCGAGCGAUCAGGUAGAGCAUGAACAUAAAACACACGUAACAUUGAAAUAUACGGGAAUCAAAUACCAAGCAAAUCGCGCCAGAUCAUUCUAGAGGGCCAAUGGACACGAAUUUAUCAAAAUAAUAUUCCUGGUUGUUUUAUUUUUUUUAUUUUUUUAACUCACAGAAAAAGGGUUGAUGCGUUUUGUCUGGCAACGAAAGGAAACUCGAUCGAAUUUAUAAUGGAAAAUAUUGUGUCUCAUAAUAUGAUGGGACAACCUGUAACUUUAAUGAGAAUAUUCACAAUAGUUUUGUAUCUGUCACACCCAACAGAUUCAGAAGAGCAGGUGCAGCAGUUUGUUAUUGGGGAGAAGGGACAGAAUGCUACACUACAAUGUAAAGACCUGCCAGUUGAUGCAUUAUCAGUUCGUUGGGCGAAAAAUGGAGUCAUGGUUGUUACCCAAAACCCCUCCGAGCUGUUGGCCCAUCUUUCCAUCGGAAACAACGGUUCCCUGCAGAUCACUGAACUGCAGUAUAUAGAUGAAGGCCUGUAUUAUUGUGAAACCAAAACACCUGACGGCUCAUGGCGAAAUCAAUCGAAGAUUCAACUUCAAAUCACUGAUGGUCCAACUAAUAUAUCACUGAACAUAAAACCAGCAACUCCCCUAAAAAAUGGAACGCUGUUUGUCAAAAGAAGUUCCAGUGUUUUUUUUAAUUGCUCCAGUGAAGCUUAUCCCUCACAGAAUCUGGCGUGGAUAGUUGAAGAUGCAGCACAGGAUAAUCGUGACCGAGCUUCUGGGAGCAAAUCAUCUCUUGAGUUUUCCAUAAGUAACAUCCUGCCAAGUGAUCAAGGGAUCUACACAUGUGCUUCUCAAAAUACCUUCUCCAUGAGAACUGUGAACAAGAGCCAGGAACUACUAGUUUACUAUGCUCCAGAGAGUCAUCCCGUGUGCAGUUGGGAAUUGGGAAAAGAGCCAUCCGAUGUUUUGUUCAUAUGUAGCUGGUAUGGAGGCUACCCUGUGCCCACCCUGGACUGGCAUGAGGUUCUUGAAGAGACUGUAAUAGCCAAGGGUCCCAUGGUCAACACAUCCCAAGAGACUGAGCGUUUGGACGUACAUGUGAACAGGUUUAUAUUACACGAUGGAGAGGAAGUGAAGUGUGUGGGACAUCACUUAACUGGAGUAGAGAGUUCAUGCUCCUUCAACCUCAAAAUGCCGUACCCAUUAGGAUCCCCUUUGGUUACUGCUCUGGAGGGCAGUGCAGUCACUCUCAGUUGUACAGAGACUGAAUCUCUUCCACCGGCUAAAACUGUAUGGAAACAUAAGGACAACAAAGUCAUCAACAAUACCUCGAAAUACAUCAUAUCUGAGAGUAAACCCACAUACACACUCACUAUAGUCAAUGUAACAAAAGCAGAUGAGGGCAUCUUCUACUGCUAUAGUGAAAACCCUCUCGGCGCAAGAGAGCUGGAAUUGUAUCUAACUGUGAAAACCUCUGCAGGUAGAGGAGCCGCAGUUGGUGUCUUAGUUUCCGUUUUAAUAGUCAUCAUUGGAAUUAUUCUUAGUGUGACAUUAUACUCAAAGCGUGACAGAAUUUGCAUUGGUUUAGGAUUUAGUAAUUUAGAUGACAACAGAGGAGAUGUUCUUAGCUUGGUGGAUUCAGAUGAAGAGGAGAUUUUCCAUGAUGCUGUUCCUCAACUUCCUCCACUGACAAACGGAAAUGCAACCACAUUAGUAGAUAUUCACAGUAUACCAUCUUGUGAUUUUAAAGAUAAUUCAGACUGUACCGAAGACACAGAUCAAACUCAACAACAUCAAACAGAAUAAGAGCAACAGAUAAAGGACUAUUAAUGAUCCGUUUAUAUUUACAGCAUCAAUCCUCAGAAUUGUGGACUACGGCAAGUUAUUUUUGUUCUGUGUGAUACUAUACUUAAAAUAUUAUUAUUACAUGUGAACAUUUUUAAAGUUGAUUUUUUUUUUUUUUUUUUUUUUAAGAGAGGCCCUGUUUUUAUUUUCAGUAUGAGGUUUUAAGAAACUGGCUCAAAUAGUUAAAAAUUCAAACUUUUACUUGCGUCAGUGAGCUGUGAUUUUAUUGAAUUUUGAGGCUAUUUGUCGGGGCUAGUUGUCACAUGGGCUAUAUCUCAGUAACUAUUCGAUUUUGAGUCAAAAGUCCAGUUGCAUAAAUGCUUAUUUUCUCUAGCAGUGGUUUUAUAUCUUUGGUUUUAAACAUCUAGAUCAAAACUGCUCAAUAAAAUUUUUGUGAUUUCUAUCCUCCAAACCAAAAUUUAUUGUACAGUAUUUUUGUAGUGGCUGUUGAGAAAAUAAGUGAAUUAAAUAAAACCACACUACAAUGCAUUAAGGCAAGAAUAAAACUAUAUAAUGAACAGUGGCGGUUCUAGCUUGUAUGGCGCCCUGUGCGAAACCCGCUUUAACACGCUCCCAAAGUUGUUGAUGGGGGGAGUGGGGGGUUCUGCGUAGGCGCCUUGUGCCGCCCCCCGCAAGAUGCUGCCCUGGGCAACUGCACAUGUCGCCCAUGCCUAAAUCCGCUACUGAUAAUGAAGGUAUAUUUUGAAUAAAAGAAUUAAAUGUUCUCAGGACAAUGAUGUUUCAUGUGUAAAUAUGUUGUACUUUUAUACAAUUCAUUAAUUAAAAUUGCUGUUUGAAUAAACAUUUUUAUAUGUUUAUUAA